GACCUCCUGCUUCCGGAUUUCUCUGGGUCCAAUGGUCUCAUAAGGAAGUUUGCAGGAAAGAACGUAUAUAAAGUACACAAAACAGGGGACCUGAUACACCAGCUGUGAGAGACCAAACCAAUGGAAGUAGACAAUAUCUAUACAGGAGAUGGAACAACAGACAAACAUAAGAAUCCUGCCAUUAAGAAGGAAACUGGAAGAUGGAAGGCUUGUUAUUUCAUACUUGGGAAUGAAGGCUGUGAAAGGUUGGCAUACUAUGGCAUGAGCACUAAUCUGGUGAACUAUAUUGAGCUUCGUCUAAAUAAAGGAAAUGUCGCUGCGUCAAAUACCGUCACAAAUUGGUCAGGGACCUGCUAUGUUACACCACUGCUUGGAGCCUUCCUAGCCGAUUCUUACCUGGGAAGAUAUUGGACUAUUGCCAUUUUUUCUAUCCUAUACUUUUUGGGGAUGUCACUGUUAACUAUGUCUGCAGCUGUACCUGGAUUGAAGCCAUCCUGCAACCAUGAUGGUGUUUGCCACCCUACACAAUCUCAAGUUGCGGUCUUCUUUCUGGCAAUUUACCUCAUUGCUCUUGGGACUGGUGGAAUCAAACCAUGUGUUUCCUCCUUUGGAGCAGAUCAGUUUGAUGAAACUGACAAAGAUGAGAAGAAAAAGAAGAGUUCCUUCUUCAAUUUCUUUUACUUCUCAAUCAAUAUUGGUGCUCUUAUUGCUUCCUCAGUGCUGGUGUGGAUACAAAUGAAUGUUGGCUGGGGAUGGGGUUUUGGUGUCCCAGCUGUUGCCAUGGCUAUUGCAGUUGUUAGUUUCUUUUCAGGUACCCGUUUGUACCGCCAUCAGAGGCCUGGAGGCAGCCCCUUGACAAGAAUUUUGCAGGUCAUAGUUGCAUCCUUCAGGAAAAUCCGUGUAAAAGUUCCUUCAGAUGAGUCCCUUCUUUUUGAGACUGCAGACCAGGAGUCAGCUAUCCAAGGAAGCCGCAAACUUGAUCACACUAAAGCAAUGAGUUUCUUUAACAAGGCUGCUGUGGAGACUCUGGAGGACCGCAACAAAACCUUGGUCAACCCAUGGAGACUCUGCACAGUCACCCAAGUGGAGGAGCUCAAAUCUAUAAUACGAAUACUACCAAUAUGGGCUAGCGGCAUCGUCUUUUCUGCCGUCUAUAGCCAGAUGAGCACUAUGUUUGUAUUACAAGGAAACACCAUGGAUCCACACAUCGGUCCCAGUUUCAAGAUCCCUUCUGCUUCACUUUCCAUAUUUGACACCAUCAGUGUCAUCUUCUGGGUUCCCGUCUAUGACCGAAUUAUCGUUCCACUGGCAAGAAGGUACACUGGCCACAAAAAUGGCUUCACCCAACUUCAAAGGAUGGGAAUUGGCCUUGUCAUCUCCGUUUUUGCCAUGUUGGCUGCAGGCAUUAUAGAGGUUACAAGGCUCAAUAUGGUGAGGAAGCAUAACUACUAUGACCUCCAGUACCUGCCCAUGUCAAUCUUCUGGCAGAUUCCACAAUACUUCCUCAUUGGAUGUGCAGAGGUUUUUACCUUCAUUGGGCAACUGGAGUUCUUCUAUGACCAGGCACCUGAUGCCAUGAGGAGUAUGUGUUCAGCUCUCUCACUCACAACUAAUGCUCUGGGGAACUACCUAAGCACUCUGCUUGUAACCAUAAUCACAAAUGUAACCACUAGGCAUGGUAGCCUUGGUUGGAUACCAGAUAACUUGAACAGGGGUCACCUCGACUACUUCUACUGGCUCUUGGCUGUGCUGAGCGUGCUCAACUUUCUGGUAUAUCUCUUGAUUGCCAAGUGGUAUACCUAUAAGAAGGUAGCUGAGUCUCUAUGAAGAAGUUCAUGUAAUGCUUCUCUGCUGAAGGAGAGUGGGUACCAGUGCAGGUCUUGUUUUGUUUCUGUGAAUUCUUAGUUUUCAUUUCAAUACUCUUUUGGAGAUUGAGUGAUUGUGAAUAGGUUAAUGGAAGUGUUCAAUUUCUAGUCUA